AUGACCAGAAGGGAUUUCGAUGAAUUGAAUAAUUCACAACCAUCAUCGGAAGAUGUUGAAUUGAAAAGUACAAAACAGAUUGAUGAAGAAAAUUCCUUGCCAAUUGAUCAUCACUUGCUGAGCAAUGGAAAUUUGGAAGAAUUGACUGAAAAACAGUUGGAAAAUGAAGAGAAAACUGAAGAAAUACCUGAAAAAGUAACACCUUUACCAUGGGGAAAAUUAUCAGUUGUGUUUUUCAUGUAUUUGUGUGACAGUUUGAGCGUGACGUCUCUAUUUCCAUAUGUCACGUUCAUGAUUGCUGACUUUAACUUGACAGACAAUCCAAGAGAGUAUGGAUAUUAUGUUGGAUUAUUAGCAGCUUCCUAUUUUAUAUCUCAGUUUAUUAGUUCAUUUCUUUGGGGAACAAUUUCGGAUAAUUUAGGAAGAAGGCCAGUUUUACUUUUUGGAACAUUUUUUGGAGCAGUGUGUGUUUUAAUGUUUGGAUUUUCAAAGUGGUUGUGGUGGGCAUGCAUUUGUAGAUUCUUUUAUGGUUUAUUAAAUGGAAAUUUAGGAGUGGUAAAGAGUUAUUUGGGAGAAAUCACAGAUAGUACCAAUCAGGCGAGAGCAUUUUCUUUUACAAGUAUUACAUUUAGUUUGGCAUCUGUCAUUGGUCCAUUACUUGGAGGAUUAUUUUCAAGGCCUUUCCAACAAUAUCCAAGUUUUGUAAUGUUAUUCCCAGAAUGGUUACAAAGCUUUAUUAUUCAAUUCCCUUAUAUUUUACCUAGUCUAUUCAUUUCCACUUUAUCCUUCCUAUCUUUCAUUUUGGCCUAUUUUAAAUUGGAAGAAACUAAUCAAUCGAGUUGGUAUUACAGAAAGUUCAUUUCAAAAGAAUCUGAAAAGACCAUCCAAAAAUCAUCCACUACCAUUUCCAAAACCAAUUUAUUGUCCUCUCCAACCACUGAAUUCGAAUACUCUGAACAGGAACCAAUUAUUAAGGAAAGCCGUUUUGAAAAAUUCAAGAAAAAUUUUAAUAAUUUCAGAAAACAUGAAAUGUUGUCCUCUCCUGUUCCAUUGGCUACUUGUUUCUUGUAUUUGUUUUUGGGUUCGAGACAAAUCAUGUUUGACGAAUGCUAUCCUCUAUUUUCAGUCAUGCCAAUAGACAAAGGAGGAUUAGGCAUGUCUUCUUAUCAGUUAGGUAUUUUGGGUGGAACUUUGGGAUUUAUUCUAUUUUUGAGUCAAUUGUUUAUUACACCACUUGUAGUUCAAAGGUUUGGUCCAUUGACAUGUUAUAGAUGGAGUAUUAUAGUUGAAGCAAUUUUCAAUGUCAUAUUUCCUGAAAUUAUUUGGUUGGUAGUUUCAGAUACUGAUCCAAUGUGGAAACAUAUCUUAUUCUGGGGCGCUCUUGGAUCUAUUCUUUUGGUUAAACAGGUUGCAACGGGUUAUACCUUUUUAGGAACUUUUAUUUUCACCAAUAAUAGUGUUUCUAGAAGAAACUAUGGGAAAGUGAACGGAACUUCUCAAUCAUUUGUUUCACUUUCAAGAAUGGUUAGUCCAAUAAUUGGUGGAUCUAUAUUCGCUAGCUCUGUUGCAGUGUCCAAAUUUCCAAUUGACCAUCGUUUGGUUUUUUAUGUUGCGACUUCCAUUAGCAUUCUCAUGUUUUUAGUUUCGUUAAUUUUGAAAAAAACUAUCAACAAACCAAAAGAAGAAUUGGAAUCAACAACAAUUGAAAAAGUACCAAAAGACACAUUCGAAUAA